AGUUGCAAAUGGCAGACCUGCAACGUAUACGAUAGUGUAGAAAUCCUCAAUUAUUCCCAUUCGAUUUGAUCAUAAAUUUCGUGACAUAACGGAAUUCGAGGGAACAAUCGAGACAAUCGAGAGGAUUUGGGAAUUAAUCGACUUGUCAACGACUAUUAAUUGUUGUUGGGGGCUCGACAGUAGGGGGUAGUUAUCUCGGGAGUUUAUUCGGAUUUUAAUUGUUCGACAAUGGCGAAACUCAUCGAUAUUUGGCGUACGGACCAACCGGUCAAUCUCAAGAAACGACAGAUGCCUUUGAUUGUUGAUCAUCAGCUGACGAUGAUCAUGGACUUGAGCAGUCUAGGGUACAUUUGCGAGAGUCCCCUAGUCCGAGGUAAACACCUGGACGAAUUCACCCGAAAGUUGAACAUCCUAACAGAAGAGGAAGUGAAGGGCUCCUUCGAGGUCUCCCAUAAGGACAUGCUGGAUAUCCUGAGACAGGCUGUGCCAUGCGUUGGCUGCAGAAGAAGUGUGGAAAGACUUUUUUACGACGUGAUGACCUCAGGUCAUCAAGCCCUCGAUCCACUGAUAGUCACUAAGGACGGAAUGAUAACCCUGAGUAAUGAAGUACUCGAGUCACCCCGAUUAUUAUGCACUAUGCUCCAAGGUCACAGUUCUCGUUUAAACGCUCUCCUGGAGAAACAGCCCCGUAGUAAAAAAUCACGCCGCUGUGUGCUCCACUCCCUGGAGGUGCAACGUACCCGUCCACCCUCUGGUGCCUGGAGGGAGGUGUGGGACGUGAUGAAAUCGCCGUGCCGCCAGGAGUUGACAGUAGUAGAGAAAGAAACCCUAGAAACAACCCUCGACACAUACCUGAAGAAACACCGUUUCUGCUCGGAGUGUCGGACAAAAGUCCUUUUGGCCUCGUCCCUUCUCUCGAAAGAUCCAGAUACUAUCCGUGAGAAGGGCUACGUUCCGGCUCUUUACGCAGGAAUAAAACGUUGCGUACCAGAGAAUCAUGUUCACCUGCCCACAAAUUCAGACUACAUCACUUCCCUGAUUGGUAGGGCUCAACCAGAGGUGAUGGGGCGUGAACGUCAUGCUAAAACCCUAGAGAUUGCCCAGGAGGAGGUGCUCACGUGCUUGGGGAUUUGCGUGGCUGAAAAACUCCACAGGAUUCACAGGAGACUGAGAGAAGAGGAGACUGUCUGCAAAGUCUUCGCUGCUGUUGCCAUCGAUGCGUUAUCUAGGAAUUUUCAGAUGGCAGUCGAGGUCAAGCAGGGAAUCACGCAGCUAGAGAUACUCUACGAGGAGCUGACAAGGGAGGAGAUCGUCAAAGAAAAGAAGAAGGAGAAGCUGAGGCUGAAGCGGAGAAAGAAGAAGGAGAAGAAGGGAGAGUCUCUUGAAAAAGAAGAGGACGACGUGGGGAAGGAGGACAGCCUCCCAGAGCCCGAUUGUAGUUGUCCAGAAACUCCUAGCCAAAAGAAAUCCCAGCCAACCCCUGAGAUCCAACCCCGUACCUGUGCGCCACCGAAGAAGUCUCCGAAGAAGCCAAAGGCCUCGAAAUCAAAGAAAAUACCAGAGCCUUGUGCCAAAAACCACAAAAAGCCUGAGGACCACAUAGAAGACGACAAUUGCACGUGCCCCAAAGACCUGGAGUCCACGGAGGAAUUAUUAAAAUGGAUAAAGCUAUCGAAAUUGAGUGAGGGUAGCAGAGCGUCUUCGGAGCCCUCUCAGUCCUCCCAGGAUUGUGGUUACUCGUCAGAGCAUAAUGCAAGUAGUGUCUCGAUGCCGAGUACCCCAGAGGGCUCAGAGGUCGCCUGUUCUGAGGGCUGUUGUGGGCACGAGGGCGACUGUCAAGAUAAUCUAGGAAACGACAAAUUGAAUCAUUCCAUUUCACCUCUUUUACUCAUUAGGGAACAAAAGUUCACUCCAACGUUAACACAAAUGCUGCAAGACUCAUUAUCCGAUGACGAGGGUAAUGAGAGUCUCAUUCCACUCGAGGAAAUUCAAGAAUUCCAUUCACGUGUUUGUCAAGUUCAUGAGAAGCGUUUGGAGUUGAGGAAAAAUCUACGUAAACGCUUCGCUAUAUUAUGUAGCCAUUAUAAAUCCAGCAAUGGCAUUCCGAAAUGAUUAUUUUUUCCUAUCGAAUGGCGAAAAAAAAUAAAUCUUUUUUACAUUUAGUUUUUACCGCUUGGGGAUUCAUUAGAGACGAAGUUGUAUAUUUUGGAUAAUUGUUGGAAACUUUUUUUUUUCAUUUUCAUCGAAGGAAUUAUCGAAAUUUCUUUUCGAAUGCAUUGUAAUUGAAGAUGCGAGCGCUCGAAUAAAAUUUUCUUGAGAAAAAAAAAUGA